AUAUUCACAAGUAACUUCCGUUAAGAUUGUAUUUGCUUUGUCUAUACGAUAAACCAGUACUCUGGAGAAACAAACCUUAUCAUACUUUGUUAUGCAGAAGCCAGAAAGAAUUAACGUGAAAUUGUGUAUUUUGUUUCAUGGGCAUGAGUAAGCACGUUUUGCACUGACUUGAAUACCUAAAUUAAUAGUGAAAUAUAAAAUCCACACAUACAUGUGACAAACUGGGACUUAUUCUUCUAUUCUGUUGGGUCAGUAAUCGGUAAUGAUCCUUGUGAUUUACUUGGACAUUAUUUUGUUUGUGUGGAGUUAAGUACGAGUUUUAUUUUAAUUAACACAGGUGUUACGAAAAUUGUGCUUUUUUAAAACAAUGUUAUUGCCUUUCUUAUGACUGUUGGGUGAAAGAAAGAAAAAGAAAGGAAGGAAGGAAAAGAGUGAAAUCUUUGAAAAUCGUUGUUUAUUUUUGUAUAAAUCAUUAAAGAGAGCUAAAUAUUUAGAUGCACCUUACUUUGCUGUCUUUGGCUGGUGUUACUUGCACCUUUGUCGUACCGGAACACCGUUGUAAAUAAUAUAAGUUCAUCUUGGGCCAGAUCUAAUCCCAAGCUGUUUAAUGCGGAAAGGCUGCAUGUUGCUAUUAGUGUUAAAUAUAUGGCUAAUUAUGCGUAUGAAAAUUAAACAUCAGUGUUAUGCUAAUAGGGCCGCCUUCAGCUGCGGAUCAGAGCACUUGAGACUAGCAUUUAAUCAAAUGAAUCGGUAACUAAUACAGCUGCACGUGUGAACUUUCACAAGAGCUGGGGUUCCCUACUAUGGUCACAUGAUGACGUUUGUGAAAGCCUUUAAAUGUUGUAAAUAAACGUGAAAGACUUUAAAUAGUGAAAAUAAAUAGCAUGCUACAUUUAAUGAUUGUCUGUUUGUUUAAUUAUCGGGGCUUAGUACAUAUGACCUGUUGUAAGGUUCGAGUCCUCAGAAUAUAAGGAAAAUAAUAAUAUAUAGUUUCACAACCAUUUAAACCAGUAUUAGUGCGUUCAAAACUGUUUGUAACCGUCUAUGUUUACAAAAUAUGAUCCAGCUGUUACUUUAGUAAAAUAAAAGGGUAGACUAUGUUUAAAUAUUCAGGCCAAUUAUAGAGACCAUAAAGCAGUUAGUGGCUUUUAUUGUUGUGACUGGAGUAGUUACGACAAAUAUUGCCGCCUGCUUCUUAAUAUGGGGAGAAAAGUUAUGAACAAUAAUAAAAUAUAAAAACUUAAAUAAGUAUUUCAACGUUCAGUACUGUAAAAUAGCCAAUAAAAUGAACGAGGUAUCACUUAGUUCCACUAUUGAAUAAUACACAUAGUAAUCAUAACGAUAAAUAAUAAAAGGCAUUAUUAUGAAUAUCCAUCCUUGUCUUAAAUACUGCAAUAGGGUUUAGUUGUUAAGGUAGGUUGUAGCAUAAAAAAGUUCAAACUCAAAAGUGUGAUGUUUGGCUAGUUAUGAAAUGUAGGUUAUGAAAUACUACACCAAAGCGAAAGCAAUAUUAAAUAGAAUCACGUUCCCGGUAGUCAUUUACGUUUUACUCCAGUAUGGCACUAUAUGUGCGUUUCAUGUAUUUUAUCUGCUAUGCUGUUUUAUUCCAGAUUCAAAAGACUGCUCAGAUAAGCUCUUUUGACUCUCUCAAGUCCAGCUGAGCCAAGCUGCCGCGGCCAAUCAGAUACGCUGGUGGAGAGAACCGACCAAUGAACUCUACGAUCUCAUGAAUAUUCAUGCAUGGCUGAGUCAAACCUUUGAGGCGAGUUUGUGUGGAUCCACAGCAUCAUGCUUAGACUUUUCAAAGAGACAAACUCCAUUUUCUUAUGAAUGGAAAGUGAAAAAAUCUGAUCCGCUUAAAUUGGGUCCCUUCCUGCCGUGAGAUCAUAGAAUACAACAAAAAACGCGAAGAGAAGAGAAGACACAAGCAAGGAGAGAUGACCAUGACUACAAUUCCAGAGAAUCUCAAUAGCCCUGUAUCGGGGAAGACAGUCUUUAUGGAGUUUGGGCCACCAAGCCAACAAAUGUCGCCGUCCCCCAUGCCUCACGGACACUAUUCCAUGCACUGUUUACAUUCGGCUGCGGGCCACUCGCAGCACGACAGCGGUUCGUACACCAGCGCGGCCGCCUCCUUUUCCAGACCGUUGGGCUAUCCUUACGUCAAUUCGGUCAACAGCCACACGUCCAACCCCUACAGCCUCAGCUCCGUGCAGUCGUACUCCAGCAGCUCGACGCUGAGCCAAACCAGGCUCGAGGUAGAGCCCGGAGCAGAGUCCGAAAAAAGCACCGUGGUAGAAGGCGGAGAAGUUCGUUUUAAUGGAAAAGGGAAAAAGAUUCGUAAGCCCCGGACUAUUUACUCGAGUUUGCAGUUGCAGGCUUUGAACCGAAGAUUCCAGCAGACACAGUAUUUGGCUCUGCCUGAACGAGCUGAACUGGCAGCGUCUUUGGGACUCACUCAGACUCAGGUGAAAAUCUGGUUUCAAAAUAAGCGCUCCAAAUUCAAGAAACUGAUGAAACAAGGUGGAGGUGCCUUGGAGAGUAAUGCGCUGAGUAAUGGCAGGGGGCUUUCGGGAAGCUCUCCACCGGUGCCCACCGUAUGGAACACAUCUUCCUCUGGCAAGACUUCUACAGGGACUCCUGGUACCUACAUCCCUAGCUACACCUCAUGGUACCCCUCAGCUCACCAAGAAGCUAUACAGCAACCUCAGCUCAUGUGAACCCCCAGGCAGUCCCCCACCCCUCAAGGGCACUAGUGGUCUCUCCAAAGCGCCAAGAGUUCGCUGCAGGGCCACAUACUAGCCAUCUCUCGAGAUCCUGUACCAGCACAGAUGCGAUGCGGGGCCGGUUCCCAACUGCUGACAGCUGACAGAGCAGCCUCUAACCUCCAUCCGACCACGUAGAGAACAGCCUGCGAGCAGGCCACUCUGCCAGACUCCUCCUGUGUGUGGGACAAUCGGAAUGUCUGUUUGUAGCACAUUUAAUUUUCUGACUAUUAUAUGAGGCAGGGCUGACUGGAUAUGGAAUGCAGGUCACCUGUGACUGUACUACCCAGUUACGGCCUUCGCCUCACCCUUAGGAAACCACAUAUUGUUAAAUUGCUGGAUAUAAUUGACAGUAGUGUGAAUUGUAGUAUUUAUAUGUUUUAGGUAAUUUAUUUAUUAAGCCAUUAAAACCGCUAUUAUCAGUAAAAGCGUCGGGCUUUUGAAUGUAUACUGUCUAUACAGCCCGGUUUUAAGAAUACUGUGUAAGGAUGUUUUUGCAGUCACGAUUUGCAUUUUACAAGGAUCCUGGUGUUUAAAUUGAAGGUGUUUUUUUUACAUUUUACAUUUACAGGGUUGUAAAAGAUUGAAAAAACCUGGUCUCAUAAUUCUUAUGAAGUGCAUUAGAUGUAGAUCUCCCCUGCAGAUUCGCACUCAGAUGAACGGUUUACAUUUCAAGUGAAUAAUUCAAAUAUCAGUAAAAAGGCUGGGCUCGAAGUUGGAGAGGACACUUUUUAACAAACCCAGGAGGCUUCCCAUAAAUAUACAGAAUUUGAUCCUAUGCCAAUGAAAGAAGCCUACACGCACAGGCUACAGUGCGAAUAGAGGACCUCUGUACAUACUGUUCUUUAAUAUGUUGCACAAAUUUAGCCCGUUCUGUUUUGUUUUCUGUGGCUGUGUAUGAUGCGCUGUGAAACAAGAUUAUGGCAUUUACCUGUGAACGUUGAAAAUUUUGUGAUGCUGAAAAACACUGUGUUUAGCGUUCUACCUGUCAAAGUUUAGUUUUAUAUUGAGAAUGUUAACUUAUUUCUUUGUAUCUUAAAUCGUUGUAAAUACGUUAUAAAGUUUCUUUAAAACAGUAAAAUUAUGGUUUGAAAGUA